AUGCGCCUUUCGACGACGCUGCUCCUCGCCUCGGCCCUGUGUGCCCACGCGACGCCCACGGCAACCCGAGCCGGUCCGAGGCUGGCACCGAGCAAGGUCAGGCGUGGCCAGAUGCCCGAUGGCACGCGCGUCGCCUUGCCUGCGACCCAGGUGGCCAACUUUGGGGACCCCAACACCGCCGGCGUCUUCCUCCGCGGCGAGGACCGAAAUCCUGCCCACGUCUUCGAGCUGGGCUUCGCGCCCCGCGGGGACGACGCGAAUCUGCAGCAUCACCUGAGCUUCGCCGGCAACUCGGCCUACGUGUCCGUCACGCGAAGUCGUCGGACGGCGAGGAACUAUGCCUUUGGCCGAAGAGGGGGUUCGGGGGAGGGCAGCGUCGGUUUCGUCUACGUCAUCUACCCGGAUCGGAUGCCCGACGGCUAUUGGAUUCCUCACAUCUACCCGGCCGACAGGGCCGUGCACUUGAACUGGGAGUUUGCCGUCGCCGGUGCCAUCCCGCCGUCGGCCAUCCACGGCGCCUUUGCCUUUCGACCGGACGAGCCGGAUCCGUUCAGCUACGUGGUCAAUCCAAACUACGAACCCGGACGCGCCGGCGCCUACGAUCCGUCUUUGGAUUUUUCCAUGCGGCAAGCCCACAGCAUCCUGUUCGUCGGCUGCGCCGCGAUGGUGCUGGGAAGUCAUGCGCGACUCCCGAGGUCGGUGCCGGAGAUUGGAGCCGACGCCGGCGGCCACCACGACGCUCACGACGCAGGUACGACACGCCGAGCGCCGUAUUUUCCCGCGCCGUCGUCGAGGAAUGAUGCUGACGACACGUCUUCAGCCGCCGUUGCCGUGUCCAAGCCAUACCGGAGGGAAGAGGGGUCCAAUGGCCGCUGCGACGCCGUCGUUGGCGCUUGGGUCGCGAAUCACGGCCUCGCCUGCGAGCACGCCGCCGGGCAAGGGGCCUGCAAGCUGCGUGUCGUGACGGCAGAGGACUCCAAGGACAGGUUUGACCAUCUCAACGUGCGGCUCGAGCUCUCCGACGACUGGUGGGCGGGAGCAUACGGCAGGAUUGGCAUCCAUUUCGGCCGUCCGAGUGCCAACGUGACGCUCUUCCGGAGUCCCGACGGUGGCUCGUUUGCGCAGAUGAAUGUGAAUCUGACGAGGAUAUUUGGCACCGACAGGCCGUCCCUGCGGAGUCUCGGGAGGGUGGUCAUCACCCAACACCUGCACGGCUCGCAAUUCAACGAUCAAUUCGAGAUUCGAGGCAUUCUGCUACGAGCGCACCAUGUGGAAUCCGGUCUGCAUCUCGAAGUGGCCAAGUAUCGUGCCGUCGAAACGUGGUCGACGAAAAUUGAGCUGCCCCGGACGCGUGGCAGGAAGGGGGAUGGCCCAAGGAGUCCGUCGUAUGGUGGAGAGGCUUGGUCGGGAGAGGUCAAGUUGGAGGACUGGCAUGUCGCCAACGCGGCAAUUGCAAAGGCCGGGACGGUGCAUGAGGAAAUGUGA